CUUAUGAUUCCAUCUGCUGCUGUAGCCACUAGGCGGUCUCACCCAUCCCUCCUCUAAAAUCUGUCCCGCUCCUCUUCCUGCUCAGCUCCUAGUGUGAAAUCAAACAAACGCCAAGAUGUCGGAGAAAAAGAUGUCUUCGAGUCGGAGGCAUUACCUGAAGAGCUUGAUGCUCUCCAUUGCCAAAGGCUUACUGGAAGACGAGGCAAAGGAGAAUGAGCAAGAGAGAAUAAGAUGGAUGGCGGAGAACUGCCCUCCCCUGUCCCUGCCAGGGGGUACUCAACAGUUACAGGAGUUCUUGAAAGAGCUGCAUCAUAAGAUUGACGUGAUAGAUGAGGAGAGAUAUGACCUGGAGAGCAAAGUGAACAAAGCCACUAAGGAGAUUGAAGAUUUGAACAUUAAAGUUAUUGACUUGAAGGGCAAGUUCAAGAAGCCAACUUUGAGGAAAGUGCGUAUGUCUGCUGACGCUAUGCUCCAGGCUCUGCUGGGCUCCAAGCACAAGGUGUCCAUGGAUCUGAGAUCCAACCUGAAACAAGUGAAGAAGGAGGUCAAAGAGGAGGAUAAGGAACUGCGUAAUGUUGGAGACUGGCGUCAGAACAUUGAAGACAAGUCCGGAAUGGACGGGAGGAAGAAGAUGUUUGAGUCCGAGGGUUAAUUUAGUCUAUCAUUUCCCUGUAUAGAUCCCGCUAAGCAACACAAAACUCUCACUUUUUUGAACAUUUCUCGUAUUGAGCACUAUGGUAUCAUUUGAACCAGUGUAUGUGGGUAAAACGAAAGGACAAUUAAAUGUUUCGAGUGGAACAGAAUCGUGCGUUAAUAAAUGCUUUAUAGAUUGCCACAA